AUGAUGGUUUUGAAGCUUUUUGGAGUCAUCUUUUUCUGUGGCCUCCUCUCACCCUCGCAGGAAGUCUUGUCUGGCCUGUCCUGUGCUGUCAGCCCACAGGCAAUGCAGAAUGUUCUCUCAGAUGCCAUAAUUCAUAAUGGGCUCAUCCACCAGCACCUGCAGGGUCUCGUGGUUCCCAACAUCAUGGGUGAAGGGAGUCAGCUGAACUCUCCCACCAGCAUCACGGACCUGCAUCUCAUCAAGGUCCGGGUGCCCAGGCUGUCAGUGGUGCUGCUGCCAGGGAUCGGGGUCCAGCUGACCAUCGGGGCAAAGCUGCAGCUCAGAGGCAACUGCUUGGUUGGCCUGCUCUCAGAACUCAUUGAUAUCUUAGUGGAGGUGAACAUUACUGCAAACAUUAAAUGUACGAAUUUUGAAUCUGGCACAUUCCAGGUUGUCACUGAAGACUGCCUCUGCAUUCUUGGGGCCAUAAAGAUCAAGGUCCUUUCUGGCUUGCUCACCCUGUCAGUGAACGAGCUGGUGCUUCGCCAGCUGACAGCGACUCUGCCUGCUUUGCUCUGCCCCGUGGUCGAUAUCGUGAUGAACCUCGUGAACAUCCAUCUCCUGAGCACUCUCAAUGCGGUGAUCCCGGUCGGCACAGCAGGAACCAUCCACUACCAGCUGGCCAGCAUCCCCUACACCUCUGGCAAGUUCCUUGGGCUGGAUUUAGACGGUGUGGUGAAGCAGGUGGGAGGCAGCACCAUCCCCCACGACUCAUCCCCCUCUGCUUUGCCUCCUCUGAUGGACAGGCUCCUGCUCUUGGUGAUGCGCCAGAGCUUCCUCAACGCAGUCCUGUCCCUCCUGCUCCAGCUGCCACCGCAGACCUUCCCCUGCACGCCAGAUGUUUUCUCUGGUGCCAGCCGCCUGCGCGAAGCCGUGGGGACCAUCGCUCCUGCUGGGUGCUCCACCUGCAGUGGGACUAGUCCUCUGAGCAUCAAACUGGUGUUGAGAGGGAACCCACUCAUCCUCUUGGAAGAAAACAAAGCCAGUGUCAAGCUUUCAGUCCUGAUUCAGCUGUUCAGCAACCACUUGGAUGGAUCCAUCCUCAACUUCCUGCUGCUGAAGGCUGACCUUGCUCUAAAUGUCCGUGUGUCCAUUGUUGGGGGCAGGCUGGUGCUGCAGCUGGACUUGGGCAGCACUUCCCUCUCCUUGGAGUCUUCUGAUGUUGGCAUCAGUAAUAUCUCCACCUUGAAGCCCCACUGCAGCAGUUUGCUUGUGGAAACAUUCCUGCCUGUGAUCAAUGGUGCCCUGAGCAUCGGGAUCCCGCUGCCAAAGGUGCUGCGUAUUCCCUUGGUGAAUGUGGAUUUUCAGAUAAAAACGGGCCUGAUGGUGUUUCUGGUGUGA